GUUGUCUACCAGCUUGCGAGCAAUUUCCCCAGUAUCCGGGCGGAUGUGAACAGAGCUAUCCGCGAGAAUCCCUCCCUUUUAGAUCCAAACAAGUCUCUUCGCGACCAGAUGGAGGCGCUGUUUCUCAAACCUCUCCGGAAGCUCGAAUUCAGACUGCGCGGGUGUGAGCCGUUGACGUUUGUCAUCGAUGCCCUUGAUGAAUGUACAUCCAACGCCGAGCUUGUUGAUCUCAUCAUUUUCCUUGCACAGGCUCUUCGCGAACCUGAUCUGCCCGUGACUCACAUUCUGCUCACAAGCCGCUCGGAAUCGCAUAUCUGUAAAGCCUUUCAGAAUGAAGAGGUGCGCCCCCUAGUAUGCGAGAUACCGGUGGAGACUUCUGGAGAAGGUGUUCCGACGAUCAUCUCGUUAGACGGCGCCGAAGUCGACAACGACAUCUAUAUUUUCCUACGACAUUCCUUCGCAGAAUUAGAAAAUCGCCAUCCCGAUUUCCCGCAGCCAUCAAAGGAUGAACUCGAGCGGGCAGACGUUUCAUCGUGGCGUCUACAAUGAUGAAGUUCAUCGACGAUGAAGACAAUGAUCCCCGUGAUCGGCUUCAGCUGAUGCUCGAGCUCACGAGCG